CAAUCCGGCAGCGAGGCCACGGCGCAGCUGCUGCUCGAUCAAGAGGCGGAAGUCGCAGACGAGUCUAAUCACGACGCAGACGACAUGGACAUUCGGCAAAAGACCUUGGUUGCAGUCACGGCCAACGGUGUCACGAAUCUUGCCCGGGCACUCUUGAAUCGCGGGGAACAUGAAGACAUCGAGGCCACGCUGGAGAGAAAGACCUUCCUAGCGAUGGCUAGCAAAGGGGGGCAUGACGCUGUGAUUGAGCUUCUCAUGGAGCGCGGUGCAACGCUGGACACGGUCGAAAGCGACACGGAAAGGGCCGCCGUCCUGCUGGCCGUGGUCGGGGGCCACGAGUCCUCAGCGCUGAUCCUGCUGAACCACGGUGCCCGUCCGGACUCGGUCGACAAAAGCACCGGCCGAAGCCUUCUAUCGUGGGCGUCGGGCCUAGGGAUGGAGAAGCUGGUUGGACAGCUGCUCUGCCGCCACAAUGUCCAUGUGAACACCAAGGACCUUGAGGGCCGCACGCCGAUCUCAUGGGCGGCAGAGGGCGGGCACCUCGCCGUUGUGCAGCUCCUGCUUGACAAUAAAGCGGACCCAGACAGCGUUGGCCGUGGAUUGACACCUCGGGGCUUUGCCACAAAGCAGGGACAUGUCGCCGUCGUGCGCCUGCUCACCGAUUUCGGGGUCAAACUCGACGGCGAGGAUCUUAACGAGGAUAGAUACCCCAUCUUGCUUGCCGCUAAGGGCUCACAUACAGCUGUCGUACAAGAACUUGCCGGCAGGGGCGGCGUGAGCCCGGCCGCGCGGUCGGCGGCAGUAGUAUCCGCUGCGAUGAAUGGAGACCUUCUAUCCAUAUUGGCUCUCCUGGAAGCGGGCGUUGAGCUGGCACCGCCAUCGCCCCUACUGCGUACAGCAAUCUCUGGGGCGGUGAAAAGAAACCACCUACAGGUUUUGCGAGAGUUGCUCAGCAAGGGCGUCCCGCCGGGUGCCGCUUUGGAUACGUGUGUGUACGAGGCACAUGCAUCCUUCGAGGAGCAGACCGGAGACGAGACCCUUGAGAAUACCGAUUAGCCUAAGAACGAGGAGCAGUCCAACUUAUCAGAGGACGUCAAGUUUCUGGCUAAUCCUAUCACCUAUAGCAUAAAGAAGCUCACCCUCUUAUGCACUAUCGCGAAGGCAGAUCCCGCGGAAGCUAUCGGGGUUGUUCUCCAGGUCGCUGUUGGUUGUGUGGUCGUCUUCGUCAUCGCCGCCAUGUCCCUCAUCACCUGCCUCUUGGGGCUUGG